AUGGACAUGGCCAUGAGCAUGCUCCCCUGGCUGGACCAGCCAGUCCUCCUACACUCCAGCCGCGAUGCCGGCACUUGCAAAAUGACAGCCGAGCAAUGCGCAUUGAAAAAAUCCUACUGGCUCUUCUGGUACGAGGCAGACCACCGCUACGCUUUGCCCACGGUAGCUUUCUUCCUCGUUGCGAUUGGGCUGUUCAUAAUUGGGCAUAUGGCUUCAGGAAUACUGCCUCGGCGCAUCAAGCAGCAUUCUCUGCUAUCGCGUGUCUUUGCAGGAUUCCGGUUCUUGUCGUAUAAGGGGUGGAGAAUUCGUGGGUGGAAUACGCAGUCAAUUGGAGUGUUCUUCUUGGGUGCAGCUGGACUGGUUUUCUUCCUCGCGAUGACCCUCGGACCACGUCCGUACUACUGGCCCAAUACGAAGAAGAUAUCCUAUGGCAAUUCCCCGCCUAUUGCGACGCGAACAGGCUACAUGGCUCUGGCUUGCAUGCCUUUCCUGAUUAUUCUCGGUGCAAAAGCCAAUCCUAUUACCGCACUCACUGGCAUCUCCCACGAAAAACUCAACAUCUGGCACAAUUGGGUUGCCUGGGCCAUGUUCGUGCUAGCCCUCAUCCACACAUUUCCCUUUAUCGUCUUCCAUGUCUGGAAAGGAGAUCUCGUGGCGCAAUGGAGUAGCGGUGGAAUCUGGGUUACUGGCGUGGUGGCUCUCAUCGCCCAAGCAUGGUUGACAUUCAUGUCCAUUCCGUGGAUUCGCAACCGGUACUACGAGUUCUUCAAGGCAACACACCUCUUCAUGGCCUUGAUCUUUGUUAUUUUCUUCUUCUUCCACUGCGACUUCCGCUUGUCCUCCUGGGACUACUUUAUCGCCACGGCAGUCCUAUACACCUUAUCCUGGCUCUACUCGCAGUGCAAGACAUACUUCGAACACGGUCUCCGCCACAAGGCACGACUGGUUCCUGAGUCCGACCACACCCUCCGCAUCACUAUUGAUACACGCAUGGAAUGGGGACCGGGCCAGCACGUCUUCCUACGCUUCAUCACCAGCGGCAUGCACACGCUCACUGCACACCCAUUCACCAUUUGCUCCGUCCCACAACGAGACUGCCAAAAUCAACUAGUAUUCUAUGUCAAAGCACGCGGCGGUCUGACAGGUCGUCUAAUGGCGCUGGCCCGGAAAAAUCCCGACAUCCAAGUCCCCGUCCUCAUCGACGGUCCGUACGGCGGCAUCCCUGAAGGCCGAGUAGGCGAAUUCGACAGAAACCUUGCCAUCGGCGGUGGAGCCGGUGCCGGAACAACACUCUCUCUAAUCGAAGAUUUUAUCCGGUUCGUCCCCGUCCAGGCAGGACGAGAGAUGAAAGUAAUCAUCGCGACACGCGACCCAGGUAUGCGGGCUUGGUACAUCCAAGCAUUGGCGGAUCUUGCGAUUCGGCAACCGCAAGAAAAGCCGGUCACUGGUUUAUCCAUCCACAUUCAUGAAACUUUCACAGAGAACACUGUGGAGCAGAUCGGAACGAAUAUCAAGACUGAGAGUGGGACAGAGAGUAUCCGCUCAAAGGAGUCUGGCCCGUCGACGAUAGAACUGUUUAACAUCCAGUUCUUUAUUGGUCGACCAGAUCUCCCGGUUGCUAUUCAAAAUAUGGCAGACCAGGAAGGUGUGUCUGUCGGCGUGGUUGUAUGUGGGCCAUCAUCGAUGAUUCACGAUGUUCGUGAAGCAGCCUCUGUUGCGCAGAGCGAUAUUCUGUCUGGGAAGUCUGGCUGUGCGAGAGAAUUAUGGUUGCAUAGCGAGAAGUUUUCAUACUAA